UGGCACAUACCCUUCAACAAAUUACUCGAAUUAUGUUUGGAGUCAUGGCAUCCAUCAAGGCCAUAUUGCUGGCACCUCUCCACCAUUUCAUUCACCAAGACUUUCAUCAAGUUGUAGCCAAGAUGACUCUCAUAGACAGACUUCUCUUCCUUAUUGUUCACUCCAUUGACAAGCUAGGGAUAUGGCACCGGCUACCGGUCUUCAUGGGGCUGAUUUAUCUGGCGAUUCGCCGGCACCUUCACGAGGAAUACAACUUGAUCAACGUCGGUAAAACUCCGGUCGGGGUCAGGUUUAAUCCGGUCGAUGUUCCGUUUAGAACUGCUGAUGGGGAAUUUAAUGAUCCUUUCAAUGAAGUCGCCGGUAGUGAAGGGACUUUCUUUGGCAGGAAUAUUCAUCCCGUUAAUCAGCAACACAAGUUAUUGAAGCCAGAUCCAAUGGUGGUCGCCACAAAACUUCUAGCACGUAGAAAAUUCGUCGACACCGGGAAGCAAUUCAACAUGAUCGCAGCUUCUUGGAUACAGUUCAUGAUCCAUGACUGGAUCGAUCACUUGGAGGAGACAAACCAGAUUGAACUUAGGGCACCUAGAGAAGUUGCAAACCAGUGCCCUCUACAAUCUUUCAAGUUUUACAAGACAAAGGAGGUUCCCACAGGAUUCUAUGACAUCAAGAGUGGUUACUUAAACAUUCGGACGCCUUGGUGGGAUGGAAGUGCUGUUUAUGGGAGCAAUGCAGAAAAGCUGAAACAAGUGAGGACUUUCAAAGAUGGGAAGCUCAAGAUUUCAGGAGAUGGGCUUCUCCUUCAUGACCAAGAUGGAAUUCCGGUGUCCGGAGACGUUCGCAAUGGCUGGGCCGGGCUUUCGACAUUGCAGGCCCUCUUUGUCCAGGAGCACAAUGCAAUCUGCGAUAUGCUCAAGAAGGAAUACCGAGGACUAGAAGAUGAGGAAUUAUACCGACAUGCGAGGCUGGUAACUUCUGCAGUGAUUGCGAAGAUUCACACCAUUGAUUGGACUGUUGAGCUCCUCAAAACCGACACAUUGCUUGCUGGAAUGCGUGGCAAUUGGUAUGGGAUUUUGGGGAAAAAAUUCAAGGAUACAUUCGGGCACGUGGGAGUAGCACUCUUGGGAGGCCUUGUGGGAAUGAAGAAGCCCAACAAUCAUGGGGUACCCUAUUCCUUAACCGAGGAGUUCGUCAGCGUUUACAGGAUGCACUCGCUCCUGCCCGAUCAGCUCCUCCUCAGGGACGUCGACGCAUCGCCGGGACCCAAUAAAUCUCCACCGUUGAUCGAAAAGGUUCCGUUAUCGAAUUUGAUUGGGCGUAAAGGAGAAAAGGCAUUGGAAGAGAUUGGGUUUACAAGGCAAAUGGUAUCAAUGGGGCACCAAGCAUGUGGGGCCCUUGAGCUCUGGAAUUAUCCUGUGUGGCUAAGGGAUGUUAUUCCCCAAGAUGCACAUGGCAUGGAUAGACCUGAUCCCGUUGACCUACCAGCUCUCGAAGUUUACAGGGAUAGGGAGAGGAAAGUGGCACGAUACAAUGAGUUUCGAAGGAGCCUCCUGUUGAUACCCAUAUCAAAAUGGGAAGAUCUAACGGACGAUAAUGAAGCGAUCGAGACACUCAAAGACGUGUACGGUGACGAUGUGGAGGAACUUGAUCUGUUGGUGGGCCUCAUGGCAGAGAAGAAGAUCAAGGGAUUUGCCAUUAGUGAGACAGCUUUUGUCAUAUUCCUUCUCAUGGCUUCAAGGAGGCUGGAAGCAGACAGGUUCUUCACAGCCAACUUCAAUGAGGAGACAUACACAGAGAAAGGGCUAGAAUGGGUAAACACCACAGAGAGCUUGAAAGAUGUGAUAGACCGUCACUACCCUGCCAUGACAAGUACAUGGAUGAACUCCACCAGUGCCUUCACUGUCUGGGAUGCACCUCCGGAAGCCCCCAACCCCGUCCCUCUCUACCUUCGCAUUCCCAAUUAGUCCCCCACCGCACCGGCCGGAAGCAGGCCGGGACGACCCCUGUACUGCAGGGUCUCCGGUUCCUUAAUCCUCCGCUACACCUCCUAUACGUAUGUAUAUGUUAUGUACUUUCCCGAAACAAUGUCGUAAUGUUGUAAUUCGUUUCUCAGAUUAAUUUGUGGUGUUCACAUUUUAUUAUUCCUUGAAAUGUAAACGUCUAUGAUUGUGAUA